AGGGCACUCUGGUCUGUGCCACCUUCCUCGCCAGACAGACGGCAGGACAGGCAGACAGCUGCCUCUCAAGACCGUAACAUAUUAUGGAGGCUCUGUACGUACAACCCUUGGAACAGGAUGGGGUCAUGAUGAAGGAGGAGGAACGAGGGAAAAGUCGUGAUCAGGACGAAGGGGGAAUGGAGGCCUCGUCUCCCACGGGCUCCACCACAGAUGAGGAAACAGAUGAAGACUCGGAACCAGAACCCCCACCAGUUAUUCGCAGGAAGGUGUCGUUUGCGGAUGCAUUUGGCCUCAACCUGGUUUCCGUUAAGGAGUUUGACAGCGCUGAAACGACAGAAUCGGAAGUCAGUCAGGCUGCCGAGAAGGAAGCAACUCAUUCAGCAGAGGAGUUCUAUAUGUGUUGUCUGUUUACAGUCCCAUCAUCCCCAAAGGAGUUGGAACAGAGGCUGCAGGCGCAGAUGAUGGAGCUGGAGAGCAUUGAGCUUCUCCCAGGGACCACCACCCUUCGAGGGAUCAUCAGGGUGGUCAACCUCUGCUACAGUAAGUCUGUCUUUGCCCGGAUCACCCUCGACCGCUGGAACAGCUGCUUUGACCUCCCGGCAGAGUAUGUGCCCGGAUCCAGUGAUAGAAAAACAGACAGAUUUACCUUCAAGUAUACUCUGGUUCCUCCUUUUGAGAGAGAAGGGACCAGAGUGGAGUUCUGUCUCUGUUAUGAAUCAUCAGCGGGCACAUUCUGGGCUAACAACAAAGAACUGAACUAUGUGCUGUUCUGCCACCAAAAGGAACAGAUGAAGGAGCACGGGCCUCAAGUGCAAGAGGAGAGCUACAAGAGCAAGAGGAGUUGUCUCAAAGCUAACAGGAAUGGAAGUGCAACAGGAAGGACCUGGGAGACUGUCAACACAGCAACAGUUGCUGCAGAAAUAGCGGUAACGCAGAGAGCAGAAAAAGCCCACAGGUGGACGCUGGACAGUGAAGAGGUGCAAUCAUUACUACAUAGCGAGGAGCACAAACCUUUGGUGGAAAGCGUAAAAAGCAGACGCAAAGCGGCGCGUUUGGCACGCGUGCAGGAUUUCUUCUCUCAGAGAACACAGCAAAACUCAAAGGACCUUGCACAUGACUCAGCCAAUGGCCAGAAAGACUCUCAGCCUAUGUCGGCUCCAUGGGGUGACUCUGCCAGCUUGCUCUAUAAAUGCCAAAAGGCACAACCAAACGAUUGCCCACAAGUCCUCACCUACCAUCAAAUCCCUCUCCUUACACUGGACUGGAGCAAUGAUAAACCCCAGCAGUGGGAGACAGCUGAUGUGGAUGACAUUUGGAGUGGAAGAGCUAAAAUGACCUUGUCAAAAGAAGAAAAUGCACCAUCUGCUGAUGACAUGUGGGAGACCUUCCUUAACGGUACGGAUGAUACCGACCAUAAAGAAGCCUCUGUGUGUGAUGUGUGGCAGGCUUUUCUUAAUGGGCCCAACCAUUCUGAUGUUCCAGAGUCAGAGUGGCUGCAGGCAGCAGCAUCAGUGUCUCCUUCAAAUGAUAAGCGGCCCCAACCCCAAUACUCAGCAUACAGUCAAGAGUUUGGAGAAUUUCAGCUGGCCACAGAUACUCCUACCCCCGUACGGGCACACACCUUAGCUGCACAUCAGCCUCUGUCACACACAUGGGAAGAACUGUUGCCUGAUGUUGCCUCGAACACCAAAGGCCACCAGCCAGCAGAGGCAUGUGUCACCAGCCCAAGAGAUGACAACACAGCAACACAAGACACAUCCCAAAGGUCACAGACAAGCUCUGUAACAGACACUCCACAGAAAUUUUCCCUCGAGGGGGCACCGCCUGUGUCCGAGGACUCUAUUGACAGUUCAACCGAGUGUCACAAGCAUGUGGUCGGGGAGCGAGAAACAGAAGGAAUAAUAGGAGGAGCGAAAGGAGUAGAAGAGGAACCCAUCACAUCGCACACAGCUGACUUAAUAACAAGCUCAGGGGAGUCUGAGACAACAGACAUGACAGCAAUGCCAGAGUUUCAGAAUGCCAGCGCUGUUGAUAGUAUCUCACAAGGAGCAAGGCUGGAUGAGGGUCUUUCUUCUAGCGAGGAAGGAGAGGUUACAGGUACUGCACACAAUGCGAUAGAUGACAUGCUGGCAUUUAGGGAGACAAUCAGACAGGGGACAAAGGAUGGGGCGAGGUAUGCUUCUUCCACAUUCAGAAAAGGAGUGAAGGAGGAAGACAUCAUGAUGAACUAUACAGAAAAUAAAGCAUCUGCAGAAGAGGAUAUAUUUAGGCCACAGGGAACAGAAAAGAGUGAAAUCUCCCCGAGGUUUGGCGAUGAAACGCAGUGUGAGAAAUUUGGGCUGAACCGAAACAGUGGAAAUCUAGAGGCAAGUGAUAAAAAUGAAACGAGACCUCAACAUUUACACGCAGGCGGCUUUGAUUCGAAGCAGGAAAACAAAAUAGUGGCAGUUGAAUUGAAUGACGAUGUUUCACUGAAAACCAAAGACGUGACAGUACUCAAAACGAUGGAGGAGGAAACGUCCUUUUCAACAACAAGCGUGGAAACAAAAGAACUAAUUAGUACAGAAGUGGAAAGGUUCCAGGCAAUAAGCGAGCCAGCACGGCAACAUAAUGACAAAGCUUUAGAUCUGAACUCAUCACAGCGGAAGAGAAACACAUCAAUAAUUUUGGAUGUAAAUGACAAACAGUCACGGCCAAUCCAAGUAGGCGAGGAGCCAAAUUUCCAGCGGGACUCACAAACAGAGCAAAGUGCACUGAAAUCUGAAGCAGGUGAACGUGGAUUAAAUAUAAAUGUGACAGAGGUGGGAAAACACUUGAGUUGUGAUGGAAUAAUAGCAAACCGAUCAGCGCAGACAAGAUCUACAGAGAAAUCAAGUGAAAUGAACCAGGCUUUUCAAAGUGACUGUGAUACAUUCAGACCUUUUCCAGCAAAUAAAUGCACCCCAAAGCCAUCGGAAGUGGCUGGAGUGAGAUGGACCUCCUCGCAGGAAGACACGGAGGAUCGAAAUGAGAACGUAUGUGGUGAAACGAGACAAGAAGAAAUCAAGGCAAAGGAGAAUGUCGCGAAGAAAGACACUUCAGCAGAACACCAAUCUGAGAUGUUACAAAGACUAGAAGGAGAUAUGAGUCACGAAGACAGAGAUGAGAUGAUGAGUACUGGGGAGCUGAAAAUGGAAGCAGUGAGGGAGUUGAUGGGUAAUGUGGAGAGCCCUCGGGGGGAGAGGAAGAAUGCACCAGCAGAAUUGAAAGAAGAAGAGUUGUCAGCAGAAGUUGAGAGCUCUCCAUGUGUUGCAUAUAAAAAGCUGUCAGAUGGAACAAAAGAACCUAUUACGGGAGAAAAUACUGCAUCACUUGAGGUGAUGGAGUUGCCUAUGGAGAGCAUACAGAGACACCAAUCACAAGGAGGUUUCUGGUCCAACGCCCUCUUUGUGACCGAUUUCACCUAG